GAAUCAUCCAGGUGAUUUUGAUGUGAUUGCAAGAAUCCAGACUGUGUGUUGGAGCAAGUUCAAGUGCUUUGGGGGACUAGAUAAGCGUGUAGAGAAUAAUACAACAGAAAGUGCUGGGUAUUUUAUCCAGCUCAAAUAUACUUGCCCUUCAGAAAGUAAUUAAAACGAAAAUGGCUUUCAAAAAAAAAAAAAAAGAAAAAAGAAAAAGAAAAAAAAGAAAGAAAAAAGAAAGAGAACCCAUGUUGUCCUCGUGCUGAGGAGUUAGAAUCAGUACCUGGAGAGCUGAGGGUCUGUAGAGCUGUCUGGACUCAUCAAGUGCAGUACUCUGCAACAUGACCUUGGUAGGCAGGAGGAAAUACACUGUUGGAUGAGACUCAGUAUGUGCCAGCAUAUGCAUUUCACUAGUAUUACUCCAGUCCCGCAGACUUGUUUCCAUUGAAAACCUGGUCUUAUAUGAGCUAUCUGUGAAUCACUAAAUUGCUCCCAGAACCUUGUAAUUGAGGGACCACUGAUCUCCCGUGGUCUGCAGAGCCUUAUAAUGUCCAGGUGCUUUUGAUGGAGUUUCUUGUAUGUGAGAGUCACUGCUGUCACUGGGGAGCAACCCUGGAGCUGGGCACUUGGUACACUGUAGGAAGGCCUGAAUAUUAGCUUGGAGAUGGGAGAGGUAUGGAUGUGGGAUUUAGGGAAGAAGCUGGAACUGAGAGGCUGACUGAAUGUGGAGGCCUGGGCAUGGUUUCAUAGUAGGACUAGGCCCAGGGCUUAGGUCUUUUCCUUGUAGGUGCACAGCCAGGGAAGCAGGCUGAGACAAAAAGGGGGAACCUGGUCUAAGGGCUAAUGAUACAAUUAUUGCUAAUGUGUAUCCAGCUGUUGUAUGUGCAAAUGAGUGUAAUAGAUGCUACUAUUUUGCCAUUUUCAGAUAAGCACACAGUUUGAUUAGAGAGCCCAGAGUUUCUAGGAAUUCCAGGAUUAGGUGUGUUCAGUCACAGGUUUGACAGCUAUGGGGGCUUACAGCUGUGAUGUCCAUAUUUUCUGAAGCCUCAAUCAAGACAUCCACCAGUCUGAAGGAUGCUCUUUCAGCCACCUGACUGGGCACUCAAAGCUCAGAAUCCCCGUGACAUCACCGAGGCUUUGGCCAUGCUUCCACAGGACAGGCAGCUGGGUGAUAGGCAAGUGUCCCGAUGGGGCUGGGAGGACAGCAUGCCUUUCUGAAACUUGGCAUUUUUGUUUUAAAAGCAGUGUGGCGGUUGUGUAGACCAUACUAUCAUAGUUGUAUUUCAUGCCUAUAAAUGAGACUCUGGUUCCUCACCAUGGAGGACGAUGGGUGCUGUGUGAAGCUGUGCUACUGUUCCAUGUCGGCGCGUUUCUCGGUGUGGGGAAUGUGACCAUGGAGGAGGAAGAUGAGUCUCGAUGUAAAACAGAGGAGUCGGGAGAGGAUCGAGGAGAUGGUCCACCUGACAGAGAUUCUGCCCUUUUUCCUUCUGCCUUUAUCCUGCGGGCCAUUCAGCAGGCUGUGGGGAGCGCCCUGCAGGGGGACCUGCCUAAUGAGAAAGAUGGCUCUCGGUGUCAUGGCCUUCGAUGGAGGCGCUGCUGCCGCAGUCCACGAUCAGAGCCUCGUUCACAGGAGUCAGGGGGUGCUGACACAGCCACUGUAUUGGACACAGCUGCAGACAGCUUUCUUGUGGGACUGGUGAACAUCCUGGAUCCCCCCGAUACCUGGGUCCCCAGCCGCCUGGACCUGCAACCUGGCGAAAGUGAAGACGUGCUGGAGCUGGUGGCUGAGGUCCGCAUCGGUAACAGGGACCCCAUGCCUCUGCCUGUGCCCAGCCUUCUGCCCCGCCUCAGGGCCUGGAGGACAGGAAAAACAGUGUCUCCACAGUCUCAUGCCUCUCAGCCUGCCUGUGCCCGCCACCUCCUCACCUUGGGCACAGGGGAUGGAGGGCCUGCCCCUCCACCUGCUCCCUCCUCUGCCUCAUCCUCGCCUUCCCCUUCCCCAUCCUCGUCUUCCCCUUCUCCCCCUCCUCCUCCUCCGCCCCCUCCAGCACUUCCUGCCCCCCGAUUCGACAUCUAUGACCCCUUCCACCCCACCGACGAGGCCUACUCCCCACCACCAGCCCCGGAGCAAAAAUACGACCCCUUCGAGCCCACAGGCUCCAACCCUAGCUCAUCAGCAGGGAGCCCCUCACCAGAAGAGGAAGAAGAGGAGGAAGAGGAAGAGGAGGGCCUGUCACAGAGCAUCAGCCGCAUCUCAGAGACCCUGGCGGGCAUCUAUGAUGACAACAGCUUGAGCCAGGACUUCCCAGGUGACGAAAGCCCCCGCCCGGAGCCCCCGCCCCCGCAGACGCUGGGAGCCCCAGGGACGCCACCUCAGGUGGACUCCACGCGGGCUGAAGGAGCCCCGCGCCGCAGGGUCUUUGUGAUGGGACCUGAGGCUGAAGCUUGUCUUGAGGGCAAGGUGUCCGUGGAAGUAGUGACAGCUGGUGGACCAGUGCUGCCACUGCCACCACUACCCCCGACUGAUCCCGAGAUCGAGGAAGGAGAGAUUGUGCAGCCCGAGGAGGAGCCCAGGGUUGCAGUGUCACUGUUCCGAGCUGGGCGUUCUCGGCAGCCUCCUGCCUCGGUAGCCACCCUUGCUUCAGUGGCCACUCCCGCUGCACCCCCAGCCUCUGCGCCACGUGCCCCUGAGGGCGAUGAUUUCCUGUCCCUGCAUGCUGACUCUGAUGGUGAGGGCGCACUGCAGGUAGACCUGGGUGAUCCACCCGCACCUCCGGCUGCAGACUCACGCUGGGGCGGCCUGGACCUGCGCCGCAAAAUCCUAACACAGCGGCGUGAGCGCUACCGCCAGCGCUCUGCCUCUCCGGGCCCACCGCCUGCACGCAAGAAGGCCCGACGAGAGAGGCAGCGCAGCGGGGACCCAGCCCCACCUGACUCGCCAGCUUGGGAUGCCAAGAAGCACCGCUCACGGGAGCGGAAGGUCAGUUCUCACACUGCUGCGCGCCGUCGCUCACGCUCACGGUCCCGUUCCCGCCGCCGUUCUCGCUCCCGCAGUGCUGAUCGCAGACGCGGGGGCCACCGCUCACGCUCCCGGGAGAAGCGCAGGCGCAGAAGGCGCUCAGCAUCACCACCCCCAGCAGCAUCAUCCUCUUCGUCCUCAAGGCGUGAGCGGCACCGCGGCAAGCGCCGGGAGGGCGGCAAGAAGAAGAAAAAGCGAUCGCGCUCGCGGGCCGAGAAGCGCGCUGGGGAUGUGGAGAAGCUGCCUGCACCUGUGCCCCCCUCAGGCUCUGACCGUGACAGCCGGCGCCGUGGGGCUGUGCCACCCUCUAUCCAGGACCUCACAGACCACGACCUGUUUGCCAUUAAACGGACCAUCACAGUGGGCCGCCCUGAGAAGGCUGAACCCCGUGCACCUUCGCCGGCACCUGCUGUGUCCCCAAAGCGAGAGGUCCUGUAUGACUCUGAGGGUCUGAGUGCAGAUGAGCGGGGUGGCAAGAGUGACAAGGACCGGAGGCGUUCAGGGGCUGCGUCCUCAUCCUCAUCCUCAAGGGAAAAAGGGUCUCGACGGAAGGCCCUUGAUGGGGGGGACCGGGGCCGAGACAGGGACAGGUCAUCCAAGAAGACACGGCCACCUAAGGACUCAGCACCUGGCUCGGGGCCGCUACCCAAGGCCCCGCUAAGCAGCGGCUCCUCCUCAUCAUCAUCAUCCUGCUCCUCCCGAAAGGUGAAACUGCAGUCCAAGGUGGCCGUGCUCAUCCGAGAGGGAGUCAGCAGUACCACGCCUGCCAAGGAUUCCUCAUCUUCUGGCCUGGGCUCCAUCGGGGUCAAGUUCAGCCGAGACCGGGAAAGCCGCUCACCCUUCCUCAAGCCUGAUGAGCGAGCUCCUGCAGAGGUGGCUAAGGUGGCCCCAGGCAGCACCAAGCCCAAAAAGACCAAGGCCAAGGCCAAAGCUGGGGCCAAGAAAGCAAAGGGGACCAAGGGAAAGAGCAAGCCAUCAAAGACCAGGAAGAAGGUCCGCAGUGGAGGCAGCAGCACAACCAGUGGCGGGCCUGGUUCACUGAAGAAGUCCAAGGCCGACAGCUGCAGCCAGGCAGCCAGUGCCAAGGGGACAGAGGAGACAUCAUGGUCUGGGGAGGAGCGGACCACCAAGGCCCCCAGUACCCCACCACCUAAGGUAGCCCCACCUCCACCUGCACUCACCCCAGACUCACAGACUGUGGACAGCAGCUGCAAGACCCCUGAAGUCUCCUUCCUCCCAGAGGAAGCCAGUGAAGACACUGGGGUCCGAGUAGGGGCAGAGGAGGAGGAGGAAGAGGAGGAAGAAGAGGAGGAAGAGCAGCAGCCUGCAACUACCACAGCUACUAGCACCGCCGCAGCUGCCCCAAGUACUGCUCCCAGUGCGGGGUCUACAGCUGGAGACUCUGGUGCAGAGGAUGGGCCAGCUGCUAGGGUCUCCCAGCUGCCCACGCUACCCCCACCCAUGCCCUGGAACCUGCCUGCUGGUGUGGACUGCACGACCAGUGGUGUCCUGGCCUUGACUGCACUGCUGUUCAAGAUGGAAGAAGCCAACCUGGCCAGCCGAGCAAAGGCCCAGGAGCUGAUCCAGGCCACCAACCAGAUCCUCAGUCAUCGGAAGCCACCCUCCACUCUGGGGGUGACCCCAGCUCCUGUUCCCACUUCUUUGGGCCUGCCCCCAGGCCCUUCCAGCUACCUGCUUCCUGGUAGCCUCCCCAUAGGGGGCUGUGGCUCUACCCCUCCUACCCCCACUGGGCUGGCCCCUGCAUCUGACAAGAGAGAGGGCAGCAGCAGCUCAGAGGGACGUGGGGACACUGACAAGUAUCUGAAGAAGCUGCACACACAGGAACGGGCAGUGGAAGAGGUGAAAUUGGCCAUCAAACCAUACUACCAGAAGAAAGACAUCACCAAGGAGGAGUACAAGGACAUCCUGAGGAAGGCUGUCCACAAGAUCUGCCACAGCAAAAGCGGGGAGAUCAAUCCUGUCAAGGUGAGCAACCUGGUGAGGGCCUACGUUCAGCGCUACCGCUACUUCCGCAAGCAUGGUCGCAAGCCGGGGGACCCCCCAGGACCCCCUCGGCCACCCAAGGAGCCAGGGCCCCCAGACAAGGGUGGCCCUGGCCUGCCCCUGCCCCCUCUCUGAGACUUCAUACCCUGUUCCUGCGCCUCUGAGAUUCUGGACAUAUUUAUGGCUCCACUUUCCCACUAUACCCCCCACAGUGGGAUGAUGGGGUCACUGUGAGGAAGAGGAGAGCCCCCCCCAGCCCUGCCCCUGCCCGUUAUCCUGGCCCCGUAGCCUACUCCCGUGGUCUCGGCCCUUCUGUCAUGCCCCCUCCAAUUUCAUUAAAGAUUUCCUGAAAUAGA